AAAGUACAUUCAUUUAACUGAAAAGGGUGGAGAUGGGAGAGUGUAUACAGCUAGAGCUCUGAACUUUGUGUUAAUGUCAUGGGAAAUGAGCGAACGGCACUCAACAGUCAAUUAAUGAUUAAUACCCGAGGAUUAGAAUAUCCGAUUCUGAUCUAGUAUAUUAUCUUCAAUUGAUAAUCAAUGGUAACAUCUGCAUCUUUCUCAAUGCCCUAGCAGUGGACUAAUAUAUUUAUCCGUUGAUGUUAGAAGAUAGAUCAUUAUCCAUUGAGAUAUUGGACAAGAUGGCUGUCCUCCUUCAAGUCGUCGCUUUGUUGCCUCUCUUCUUGGUUUCAACAAAUGCAUAUCAGGUCAAGAAUCCUGACAUAUCACUCUUGCAACCUCAAGGAAUUCGAUUCGCAUAUCCCGAUGAGCCCGGUGUUACUUUAGUAGCUUUCCAUUACAGUAUUAACAAACCUGUGGAGGGUGUUGCUGCUGGGGACUACAAUUAUGACGUCAAUACAAAGACGGGAGCGUACUGGGUCCAUGAAAAUACUAACGUGAUGGUUCAAAGCGGUGAUGUGGUCUAUUACUGGGUGUAUGCCCUUAUAGGUGGAGCAGGCUUUACCCUCACUGACCAAUCGUGGACUAAUGCUGAACCUUCACAGGUUCCAUCAACAACCACCCAGUCACCCACCAACCCAACUUCAGCCGCCUCGACCACACUUACCACCGCGACCACUGUGAGUGAUCCGCCAGUCACCAACCCCUCUGGGGAAACGGCUCCACCCAACGGUGGAGAACCUUCACAGGCUCCAUCAACAACCACCCAGUCACCCACCAACCCAACUUCAGCCGCCUCGACCACACUUACAACCGCGACCACUGUGAGUGAUCCGCCAGUCACCAACCCCUCUGGGGAAACGGCUCCACCCAACAACGGAGGUGUUCCAUCACAAUGUAGCAUGUACCCAUGUGACUCGUCAUGUGACAUGUCGUCUCCACCCUGCAAUGGUCUCAUCUUCCAAGAAGAAUUUAAUUCUUUAAAUCUAGACAUCUGGGAACAUGAAAUUACAGCUGGAGGAGGAGGGAACUGGGAAUUCCAAUAUUAUACCAACAAUCGCUCAAACAGCUACGUCAAGGAUGGAAAGCUCUUCAUAAAACCGACAUUAACCGAGGAUCUUUUGGGAGAGGGUUCGGUGACAAGUUCAAGAUUAGAUCUGUGGGGUGCUUCGCCUGCUAACCUUUGUACUGGAAAUGCAUGGUGGGGAUGUGACCGAACUGGAACUGCUGAUAACAUUCUGAAUCCAAUACAAUCUGCUCGCCUGCGAACUGUCGAUUCGUUCUCCUUUAAGUACGGACGACUGGAGGUGGAGGCUAAGCUACCUACCGGUGAUUGGCUGUGGCCUGCUAUUUGGCUUUUACCUACUCGCAAUGCAUAUGGAAAUUGGCCUGCUUCGGGAGAAAUAGAUCUGGUUGAAAGCAGAGGUAAUGCAGAUAUGAAAUAUGGUGAGGUAUCAGCUGGGGUAGAUCAGAUGGGAUCAACUAUGCACUGGGGACCAUUCUGGCCUCUCAACGGAUACCCUAAAACACAUGCAACAAAAAAUCUCCCUGAUGGUCAAACCUUUGGAAGUGGGUUUCACAAGUAUGUACUGGACUGGACUAUGGAUUCAAUGAAGUUUUUCGUUGAUGACGAGGAAAUACUGUCUGUAGACCCUGGCAGUGGCUUCUGGGAGUUUGGUGAAUUCGCGGAUCAAGCACCGGGUAUUGACAACCCAUGGGGACACUCUACCAACAAAUUCACUCCAUUUGACCAGGAGUUUUACUUGAUCCUGAACGUAGCCGUUGGAGGAGUAAACUAUUUCGGUGACACAGCAACCUACAACCCCCCUAAACCAUGGACGAACGAUUCUCCCACUGCUGCCCGUGAUUUCUGGAAUGCUAGGAAUGAUUGGCUACCUACUUGGGAUGGAGAAGAAGCUGCCAUGCAGGUUAACUAUGUCCGUGUGUACGCCGAGGACGGCCAGACGACCUACCACUUGCGCGACCGAUAGACCGACCGAUAUCAACCGAUCACUCUUGCAUGACGAAAUCAAUUUUUUAAUUCAUGUUAAAAAUCAUUCAUUUCUUCAUUUUUUUAAUAAUCCGAUUCAUGAACAUGGAUUAUAAACAGAACGUACGACGCAAAAAACAGGAAUUAAAUCGUCCAGGUUUUCCAUGGUAACGUUAAAACGAUUAAACGUCAUCACUUAAGAAAUGAUGAACAGAUCAGGCCAAGAGCAUUGUCUUGGUUUAUUCUGUAAAAUGAUUUUUGACAACAUAAUUGAAUUGUAAAUAAGACGUUUCUCAAGUCGAUUCAUAAUUUUCUCUUUAAUGGGAUGAUAGGUUUCUCGCUAUCAACAUCUGUCUCUGAACACUCUUUGAUCUUAUCAUCCAAGACAUAUAUUUAUGUGAAUAAACAAUUCCCCCCCCCCCCCCCUCCACACACACACACGCCCACCCUCACACACACACACAUAAAAGAAGAGUUGACCAGGGAAUUACCUGUAUAAAAAGUUCUGAAAUAUUACACCCUUGAUCACUGUAGAGUUAUCCUGCUACUUUCAACAUUAUUCUUACCUGAUUAAAUCAAUUCUUCAUUAUAUCGGCA